AUGACUCGAACUACUCUGCUUGACCGAGACUGUGUUGUCACCGAUCGAGGAGGUAUUAUCGAAAAUACGCACGGCGUACACAUCGCCGUAACAGAUACAGAGGGUAAUAUCCUCUUCUCAGCUGGGAACCCCGUUCGGGUCACCCAUUCUCGAUCCGCAGCCAAGCCUGCCCAAGCCGUAGCUGUGAUCGAGACUGGCGCUGUCGAUAAAUUUGGCUUCGAUGAGACUGACCUUGCUCUCAUGUGUGCCUCGCACUCAAGUGAAGAUUUUCACAUCGCGCGCGCCAAGAAUAUGCUGAGCAAGAUUAAAGCAGAAGAAGAUAAUCUUCGAUGUGGUGAUCAUCCUGCAGUUUCUGAAGAGGUGAACCGUGAGUGGAUAAAGACUGGGUUUGUGCCAACGGGAAUCUGCAACAAUUGCUCCGGCAAGCAUGUUGCCAUGAUGGCUGGUGCUGAAGCGCUGGGAGCUGACGUCAAAGACUAUCAUUUGCCGAACCAUCCUAUGCAGCUUGAGGUCAAAAGAGUCGUCGACGACCUGGCACAUGAUCCGAAACAAGUGGAAUGGGGUGUUGAUGGAUGUAAUCUUCCAGCACCAGCAUAUCCUCUAUUCUACCUCGCGCAAAAAUUUGCAACCUUCGCCGCUGCCGUGGACGCUGUUGAGAUAUCGUCACCAACAAGUCAAAGAACCCAAAAUUAUGCACGCGUAUUCAACGCCAUGACGAAACAUCCAGAGCAAGUUGGCGGAACAGGGCGCUUCUGUACAGUGCUCAUGCAGACCUAUCAAGGACAACUGUUUGGCAAAGUUGGUGCUGAUGCGUCUUAUGGAAUAGGCGUCCGAGAGACUGAAGAUACCCGGCGCCUUGGGGCGAAAGGGGCACUCGGAAUAGCGGCAAAGAUCGAGGACGGUAAUCUUGAGAUCCUCUAUGCGGCUAUUCCAGAGAUUCUCGAACAGUUAGGGAUUGGUACACCGGAGCAAAGAAGGAGACUGGAUGGUUUUCAUCAUCUUCAGCGGAGAAAUACUAUGAAUCAAGUGACAGGGCAUGUGAGGUUCAAUUUCAAAGUACGACCAUUCGGGGAUAGAGUAGACUAG